AUGGAUGCACGGAUUUUGCAGUUAAAGGCAGCUAUUUAUUCUGCAAAAAUAGUCACUGAUAGUCCCCUUUAUGAGACUCCUUGGGAUUUGUUUGACGAGUAUUUGGAGGAUAAACCCAGAGUUUUCAAUGCCAUGUUUCCUCACAAACAUAGUAUCCAACAGCUUUAUGAGUACAGAAGAUUUCAAUUGUAUCAUCAUUUACCUACACCAUCAACAAUUAUAGAGAUUUCAGAUAUUGAAACAGCUAGAAAUCAGUUUGGUAUAAUUUGGAUUGAACAUAUAGUGCAGGAUGAAUGGAGGAUUAAGAUGAUGCCCUUAAAGGUGGUGGCCCUAAAGGUGUGGCAAGUAAUUGACUUUAGGUUGAAAUGCAAAUACCCACUCCAAGUUCCAUCGGAUAUCACAAAACUUCUUGAGGUUCAGUUGACAAGAUGUGAACUACAAGGGCUUGACAAAGUAAUUGACUCAUCAUCGCAUUUCGCACUUGGUGUGAAAGCAAGAUUAUACCCUGAUAGAAGAGGCAACAAAAGCCGGAUUAGGGGUGACUGUGAGAUCAACAUUAGGCUUGUUUUUCCGCCCACUUUCACUUUCAUACCGGGUGGCGCCAUUCGCGACAUUCUUGUCAAAGGGGUAAUGGCAGAGAUAGGUGAAAGGAUAAAGGUGGGUGCUGAUGAUAGCUUGCUUGCAGAUUAUAGAAAUUUCAGAAAAGAGAGAUCAGAUAACCGCCGGAACUACUUCACCAAAAUUUAA